GAAAGUAGUUGUGUUCGGUCCUCAUCUCAAGUCUUCUCCGAUUAUCUUUUUCUCUCUUUCUUCACCGACAAGAUUCCAAGACUCUGCUCUAAAUAAAAAAACCAUACAUUGAAUCCAAACCUUGUAAUGGGUCGUGGUGGUGGUGACUCCUCAGAGACGACGUCGCUUGCUCCUGGCUUCAGAUUCCACCCAACAGACGAAGAACUAGUUCGUUACUAUCUAAAACGCAAGAUCUGCAACAAACCGUUUAAGUUCGACGCGAUCUCCGUCACACACGUGUACAAAUCAGAGCCGUGGGAUCUCCCUUCACAGUCUAAGCUGAAGAGCAGAGACUUGGAAUGGUACUUCUUCAGUGUGCUCGACAACAAGUACUCAAACGGUUCCAAGACGAACCGUGCGACUGAGAAAGGUUAUUGGAAGACGACGGGGAAAGAUAGGGAGAUUCGUAAUGGGGCCAGAGUUGUUGUUGGGAUGAAGAAGACUCUUGUUUAUCAUAAAGGUCGUGCUCCUCGUGGUGAGAGGAGUAAUUGGGUUAUGCAUGAGUAUCGUUUGGUUGGUGAUGAGAUUGUUAAAGAUGGUGUUCAGAAAGAUGCGUAUGUGCUUUGUAAGAUAUUUCAGAAGAGUGGGUCUGGUCCUAAAAAUGGGGAGCAGUAUGGUGCUCCGUUUGUUGAGGAAGAGUGGGAGGAGGAGGAUGCUAUGACUUUUGUACCUAAUCAAGAUCUUGAAGAUCAGGUUUAUGUUGACAUCCAUGACAUUGUUGAUCAGAAGCUUGAUGUCUAUGAUGCCAUUCCUAUUCAUUUGGGAUUUGAUCAAGGGGAAAGCAGCAAUAAUGUUGAAACAAACUAUUCAGAGUCAAGAAACUAUAUCGAACCAGGAAACUAUGUGCAUGACAACUUUGAAGGACCAGUGGACCUUACAGAGGAAGAACAGAAGCUUAUCAUUCAUGAUGCAUUGUUUCAAGAUGAAGAAAAUGGAUGUGGAGUCCAGGAGGAGAGCAAGGAAAAUUUUCAAUCUUCUGACAGCAUUUUCGACACUGAUGCAUCAGGCUACAAUGAUUUCUCUGUUGAGGAGUUUCUGAACCCGAACAGUAGUGAUGGUUUGUACCUAGAGACAAAUGAUCUCAACAAUACUCAGGAAGAUGGUUUCAACUUUGAGGAUUAUCUUACUUUCUUUGAUGAGGAUGAGCAGAACUUGACUUUUGAUCCUUCUCAACUGAUGGGAACUGAAGAUGCUAUUCCUGAUCAAGAAGAGCUCUUUCAAAUGGCUGAGACUAAGGAAGCCUUAGGUGGCAAACAAGUAGAUGCAGAUGCAACAGAGUUUGAGCCAGAUUACAAGAACUCGGUACUCAAGAAGGCGAGUCACAUGUUUGGUGCUGUUCCCUCUCCAAGUGAAUUUGCUUAUGAGUUCCCCGCAAAGGAUGCAGCUAUACGGCUACAAGCAGGACAAUCAUCAGGUUCGGUUCACGUAAGUAUGAUCACAAUAUCAGACAGCAAAAACGGGAACCUUGACUUGCUCCUUUCUUUCGGUCUGGUCCAAGAGAAUGUGUCCGGAAAAUCAGGAGAUAAUUUAACAAGAGUGAUGCUAAUCUUCGUUUGUUUCUGGGUCCUCUUGCUCUCAGUUAGCUUCAAAGUAAGCACUUUGGUUUCUUCUCGGUGAUAAUAAUUAUCACUAAAAAAACAAGACAAGACCUUUGUGUGUUGAACACAUUGAUUGUAAUAUAGGUUUACCUUGCAGUCUUGAUACUGAAUAAUUCUAUAUGACAAAUACAAAAAACAUUCUAUAAUAGUGUAUGUUUCAGAGUUCAAAGUUAUCGCCU